AUGUUAUUUCUAACCGGUAAAUGUCUAUGUGGUACUUUUGACAUAUCGGUUGGAGAUGCUCUUAGGUUCUUGGGUCCCAGUUACAUUGCCUGCACUCUCGAUCAGGCUUCAGCCUCUAUUCAUCUUCUCGCUGCGCACAGCACUUGCCCAGGCAUGUCAACUUCUCCGAUCUCCCUUCCAUGGCUGUUUCUCUUCCUGUUUUUAUCAGCGCUCUUUUGUUCCUCUCAGGCUGAUGUUGGCUCUGCUGCCCACUACAGCCCCCCAUAUUUGCCCACCGCGUGCAGGGGAAGCGACCCCUCGCAGUUUCCGUCGAGCAACCUGUUUGGGUCAGCCGGGGAGGGAAUAUGGGACAAUGGUGCGGCCUGCGGCAGGCAAUAUCUGGUGAGGUGCAUUAGUGCGCCGGUGCUAGGAACUUGCGUUCCAGGGAAGACGAUUCAGAUAAGGAUUGUGGAUCGAGCUCUCUCUUCGGUGUCUCGGCCUUCAAGGAAAGAUACUACCAUGGCCCUCUCCACCACCGCCUUCUCUGCAAUCGCCAACUCUUCUGCUAAGUUCGUUAACAUUGAAUUUCAACAGGUUUGA